UUGUUAAUUUCUUUAAAUUUUCUGUUCCAGUAUUGUGAAUUAUUGAUAAGAAGAUGGAGGUUGAUAGUAUUACAGAUGAAGUUUUGUCCGCGAGAACUAACGGUGAAGAAGGUUUUAUACUCUUCUAUCCUCAUUAAAGUAUUGCAUAUAAAUAAACUCUUCUUAGAUCCAUACAAGUCAGAGGGCCAGAUUAUUCUAAAAAUUGAAAGUUUUAGUGAGUUUGCUCGUGAAAGUAGUCCUAAUAAUCGUCGACUGAGCGAUCCAGUUUAUAUUCGUGGAUUGCCUUGGAGAAUUUUGGCUAUAGCAAGAGAGAUGUCUGCUCGUUUUCCUGGCCGCCGAUGUCUUGGUUAUUUUCUACAGUGUAAUAAUGGGGAUGCAGAUCCUUCUUGGAGUUGUUCUGCUAAAGCUGCUCUUAAAAUUCUUGCACAAAAACCAGAGGAAGAAAAUCAUGUCCGUAAAGUAACCCAUGUAUUUCAUGCGAAGGAGAAUGAUUGGGGUUAUGCACAGUUUAUGACUAUUGAAAAUAUCAUGGAUCCUGAAGAAGGCUGGUAUGAUGAGAAAGAGGAUACUAUCAUUCUUCUUGUUAAUGUAAAAGCAGACCCACCACUUGGAGUUAAGUAA